AUGUCCCGCGGUCAAGCCGUUCAAGCCUUUGCCACCAUAAGCCGGGCACGACCGCACCGCGCGAACCGGGAAGCAUCGCCUCGCGGCCGUGCGGCACAACUCACGAGUUAUAGCCAAAAGAGUGGAGACUGUCCAGACGGCUCUAUCGAGAGAGCAGCGCCCAAACCGCGCAGUCCGGCUGGCCGAGGAACGCAUGUUCCGCGCUCGGCCAAAGCUGCGUCCGUCCGACUGAAGUCUCGGCCAAGUCCAAAACCACUCGGCCGAUCAAGCAUCACGACCCGGGAAACAUACGCCCGCGGUCGGCCACGCCACAACUGGCCGCGUCACAACCGCGCACGACCAAAGCGCGCGAGCCGGGAAGUAACGCCUCGCGGCCGCGCAACUCACCUCACGUGCAUGACUAGGAGGUCCAACAAGGACAACCUAGUUGAACAUCCAGAGAUAGACAAGCUUGAGAAGCAACUUAGGAAGCAAAAGCCCAAGAGAUGGCCGACGAAGCAGCUCGCGCUCACGCCGCUGAAGUGGCGCGCGCUCAAGAAGAAGGAAGAGAUCCACCUCCUCCUCCUCCUAAUCCACAAGACCCUGCUGGAGAUGUGA